UGACAAAUCCACUGUGUGACAGACAGCUCGCCAAGUUAGCGGUGUUGUUUUCUGUUGUAUAUCUGCUGCUAGUGUUUACAGCCGAGCCGACGGAGGAUUACAGGGACCUGUUUUCAGCCCAACACCAGCGAGGAGCGGCGGGAUUCAGCUACACUUACUUUUUUUAAAAGCCGCUCACAGCUGCUCUGGGGGGCGGAGUGUCUGCAAAGUGCUGCGCCGAUUGGGGCGCUCGAUCGGGGGAAGAGAGAUGGCGUGCUUGUUGGAGGCCCCUCUCCGCAUCAGUGUGCUGUCUGAAGUCACUGCCACUAGUCGCCAUUAUGUUGACAGACUGUUUGACCCCGACCCACAGAAAGUGCUGCAGGGAGUCAUUGACAUGAAGAAUGCUGUCAUUGGAAACAACAAGCAGAAGGCCAAUCUGAUCGUCCUCGGAGCUGUGCCGAGAUUACUGUACCUGCUUCAACAGAGCUCGUCCAGUCUGGAGCUGCGGACAGAGUGUGCCGUGGUGCUGGGCAGCCUCGCCAUGGGCACCGAGAACAACAUCAAGUCCCUGGUGGACUGUCACAUCAUCCCUGCCCUUCUUCAAGGUCUUCUGUGUCCGGACCUGAUCUUCAUUGAAGCUUGUCUUCGGUGUCUCAGAACGGUCUUCAUCAGUCCAGUCACCCCUGUGCAGCUGCUCUAUACUGACCCCACUGUGAUUCCCCAUCUCAUGUCUCUACUGAGCCGCUCACAGAGAACACAGGAGUACAUCACACAGAUCUUCUCCCACUGUUGUAAGACCCCGGAGCACCAGACGGUUCUUUUCAACCACGGUGCCAUCCAGAACAUUGCCCCUCUACUUAUCUCACCCUCUUAUAAGGUCCGGAUGCAGGCGUUAAAGUGUUUCUCAGUCCUGGCCUAUGAGAACACUCAGGUCUCCAUGACACUGGUGAAUGUGCUGGUGGAUGGCGAGCUGCUCUCUCAGGUAUUUGUCAGAAUGAUGCAAAGGGAUCAACCCAUAGAAAUGCAGCUAACAGCAGCCAAAUGUCUAACGUACAUGUGUCGAGCGGGUGCCAUCAGGACAGACGACAGCUGCAUAGUCCUAAAGACUCUGCCGUGCCUCGUGCGGAUGUGCAGUAAAGAACAUUUGCUUGAGGAGAGGGUGGAGGGUGCAGAGACACUGGCCUACCUGAUGGAGCCUGACGUGGAGCUGCAGAGGAUCGCGAGCACCACUGACCAUCUGGUGGCCAUGCUGGCCGACUACUUCAAAUACCCCAGCUCUGUGUCCGCCAUCACUGACAUCAAGAGGCUGGACCAUGACCUGAAGCACGCACACGAGCUGAGACAAGCUGCUUUCAAACUUUACGCCUCGCUGGGCUCCAAUGACGAGGACAUCCGCAAAAAGAUCACAGAGACGGAAAACAUGAUGGACCGGAUAGUCAGCGGCCUGUCAGAAUCCAGCAUUAAAGUCCGUUUGGCGGCUGUCAGGUGUCUCCACAGUCUUUCGCGGUCGGUGCAGCAGCUGAGGACCAGCUUCCAUGACCACGCUGUAUGGAAACCCCUCAUGAAGCUAUUGCAGAACGCCCCAGAUGAAGUCCUGGUCAUGGCCUCCUCUACACUAUGCAAUCUACUGCUGGAGUUCUCGCCCAGCAAAGAGCCCAUCCUGGAGUCAGGGGUGAUUGAGUUACUAUGCAGUCUGACCCAGAGUGACAGUCCUGCACUGAGGGUCAACGGGAUCUGGGCCCUGAUGAACAUGGCGUUCCAGGCAGACCAGAAGGUGAAGGUGGAGAUAGUUCGGUGUUUGGGUACAGAACAGUUGUUCCGCCUGCUAUCAGACCCUGACACCAAUGUGCUGAUGAAGACCCUCGGUUUGCUGCGCAAUCUGCUGUCAACACGCCCACACAUUGACCAGAUCAUGAGUUCUCAUGGGAAGCAGAUCAUGCAGGCAGUGACUCUCAUCCUGGAAGCAGAGCACAGUAUAGAGGUCAAGGAACAGACGCUGUGCAUCCUCGCCAACAUCGCCGACGGCAACACAGCCAAGGAACUCAUCAUGACCAAUGACGACAUGCUCCAGAAAAUCAAAUACUACAUGGGGCAUUCGAAUGUGAAACUGCAGCUCGCUGCCACCUUCUGCAUCUCAAACCUAAUCUGGAAUGAAGAGGACGGUUCUCAGGAGCGUCAGGACAAGCUGAGGGAGAUGGGCUUUGUAGACAUCCUGCACAAACUCACCCAGGCCUCUGACCCCAACCUCUGUGACAGGGCGAAGACGGCGAUGCAGCAGUACCUAGCGUGACCACAGAGGGGAGAGAGCCCCUCACCGCCAGCCUAACUAACAAUCGUCGGGAGGACACCUGCUGUUGGUUCUUUUCUUGUUUUCUUUAACCUCGAGGCUUGUUUCGUUGCACAAAGACACCUUUUUUGGACCUGUGGCUGGCCUCCCUUCACCUCCCGCCCACCGCCCGAAACCACCCUCAGCAGUUAAGCUCACUCCAGACCUCACCUUGGAGACUCUGAGGCCAUGGUUGUUGGGAAAUCAACGGUUAGGAGGGGUUCUCUUGUUUUAUUUUCUUUUUUCAACAAUGAAGUGAUUUAUUUUUUUCCUUUUGGGACUUUUGUGAUUUGAGAUUUGCAAUCUUUUUUGUUUCUUUGUUGGAGUGCAGCAGCCUGACACCAGCGCCACUGUGGCGCUUCUGGACUCCCGACAGUGGAGAAUCGGGUCUCAGUAAACCAGACUAUGAGGUUUGACGCGAGCACGGCUGGUGGACAGCAAAGCUUCCGAUUUUUUUUGUUUUUUUUUAAUUAUUGCUAUUAAUAAUAAUGUUUCCUUAAGGCGUCGCAGAGCAAGGACACAUUUAGAAAAACACAGACUGCCUAUUUUGAAAUUUUGGGUGUUUUCUUUUUUGUGGAUACAUACCUCGUAAAUAUAUAAAUAUAUAUAAAUAUAAACAUAAA